UUUUCUUCUGUUGUUUAGUGGACUAUCUUCAUGAGUGCUGGGUUUAUCUGUUGCAGGUGCUGUCCUCGGUGGAUGGACGGUGAUGUGGGCGGUCGGCGGUCCGGGCUGCUCUUCUACGUGGUCGGCAACGUCCUUGGACUCCUGGUGUCCGGCGCGCGGUGGUAUGGGCUGUCCCUCUACCUGAUGGAUGUCGUCCUCGGCCUGGCGGGUGAUGUCGUCCGGCUUCUCUUGGCAUUCUGCGGGUGGUGGUACGGGUUGUCCCUCUACGCUAUCGAUGUCAUCCUCAGCUUGGCGGGCGAUGUCGUCCGGCUCCUCUCGGCGUUCUGCGGGGUGUGGCACGACUUCAGUCUUGACAUUCUCGGAUGAUGUUUGCCCAAUAUAGCGGGAUGAGUGUGUGGUCUUCGGUCAGCGGUGGGGAUUCUGUAGUGUGAAGUACAGACGUCUGGACCUCUGGGACGGCGGUGCAUGGGCGUUUCUCCUGCGCGACGUCUUCCGUCCUUGAAGUCGCCGAUGUGGGCUCCAGGAUGCGGUGUGGUUCUUCCAUAAUUUAUCGGAUGAUACAAUGAUGCAAGUGUGUUGAAACGACCGCAAACAUGUGAGGUUAUGUGAAGCGAUUAUAAGUGAAUGAUCAAAAUUGAAAUAGUGUGAAAACUUCGUUCAAUGAAGAAAUACAGAAGUGUGAUUCAAUAAUAUGUUCAGUGAUGAAGUGAAUCAAAUUAGCAAUAUCGUUGACAUAAAACGAAAAUGACAUAAAGGAUACACAAUGAACACUUAUGCAGUAAUACAGGUACGCCUCUUAUAAUUUAUUAUUACUAUUAUUAUAAAUAUUUUAUUCUUAUAAUUUCUUGCCGCAAUUAUAUAUAGGGCUAGUAUUCUUCGCAAAAUUUUAUAUAAAAGCAGUGAUACUCUGCUUAAAUUAUUCCGCAAUAUAUCCGUGAUUUAAUUUUACUUCCCUCUUUAUGUUUUAAAAACUUUUAAAACUGUAAAUAACUUCAAUCCUCUUUUCUGUAAAUAUUUAUAAAUUGUUUCAAUAUAGACCUAAUAUUCUUCAAU